UCACCAGUUUGCCUCCAUCCUCUCUCUCUCUCUCUUGGAGACGUGCUUUUUUUCCUAAUCAAAUGCAUCCCUUUUUCCUCCCCUUCGCAACAACCUUAAUGUAAAAGCGGGAUUAUAGCGUUGAUGCUCUCGGAUUCCGAUGCUGGAAACGCGUUUGAUGGAGCGCGAUAGAAAUAACCUGCUGUAUGAAGACGCGCGUGAUUGAUGUGUCGGUCACGGAUGCUCCUGAAUGCGCUUUGCAGACGCAUCGCCUUAAACUUUCAAUGCUUACACAGAGCUGAAAAACAAAACAGUGGAGAGAAGACCUCAGUCUAAGGAACUGGAAAGGAUAGAUCAAAUGUCUUUUUCGGGACCUUUCGGCCUAUUGCUGAAUUUAUCUCUAGCCAGAUGGCCCCAAGUAACGCGCGUAACAAUUUCUACAUUUUGGGCUCCGGUUGCGGGAACGGCAAAGCUGGAACCCAAGGCACGUCGGAAUGGAUAGGCUUGUGCUUGUGCCGAAAAUAUGUGGACGGAGUCUGGACCAAGUGUCUGAUAUCUAUUGGAAUUACACUGCUCCUGGUGCCGUCCGUAUUCGCCAUUGACGAUGAAGCAAGGCUCGAGGCAUCAGGACAAGCCUUCAGCCCUUCGCAGGAUCCAACCGGAGCCCCAAACACCACAGUUUCUUCAUCAUUGCUGGAGGGUGAGGAUUUGGCCUUGCAGUUCCACUCCUCACCAGAGAGGGCAGAAAGCACAAGGGAGCAGCCUGUGUUCGCCUCAGUGCAAACCCUGCAGGUUGCAGAAACUCAUUCUCUGCCCUCCCUACCCGGCAACAGUGACAAUCGCACCAAUCAAAAGUCCCCAGGGGAGCUGGCCGUCAGAGUGCCAAAUCCACUGUCCCCGGCAGAGAAAAUCAACAGUGUCUUGACCACUAGCUCAGACGAGACUUUCAGUGAAUUCCCCAGGAACCCUGAUCUACCAACUGCCCCGGGCUCCUCUUUCACGACUGUGGCAGAGACAGACGCCACCCUCACAGACAAUGUGACCUCUUCAGCCUCCAUUUCUGCUUCUAACGCCACCUCACCUGAAAGACCUGAAAAUGGUUCAUCUGCUACUACACUACAAAGCAACUCUCACACUGUGACCAGCGACAGUCUCCAACUCACCACAGUGACCACCACGACUGUCACGCCCUUAACUGUGACAUCCAUGACUGUGACUCCACCCACUGCGGUCGUCAUGGUGAAAGAGGUCGAAACAACCAUGCCGACUACAACAACCACCCAAACCACAACAACCGAGACAGAACCACCAACAACGACUACUACCACCACCACUACGACAACUACUACAACCACAACCACAAAAGUAGCACCAACAACUACCAAACCCCCCACAACCACGUUGGCAACUACGACAACGACGACGACUCCUCAAACCACCACUGUUUCUACCUCUGGAAGUACCAUGACUGAACUGAGCACCUCUCCAACUGACAGUUCUACUCUGGCCUGUAAUGUAACUGAAAGGUUAUGGGUAAAAACAGUUUUGUCCAUCCAGAUGCGGCGAAAUCGCCUUGAGCCUGGAAUGAGACAGAACCUGUCUAAAGGUUUCACGCAGGCUCUGCAAAAAGCAUUCAACGACAGCAACAUCCGCAUACAGAUGGAAAGAGACAUCUGCACUCCUUCUAACGUGACUGUGGGCUACUUCGUCAUGAGAGGGAAGGUCGUCCUGGUGGCGUCUGUUGUAAUAGACACUUUAGUUUCUUACGGCUUUGACAAGAUAUUGACUGAUAUCAGAGAGUAUGUUCCUGUGGUAUUAGCCAUCCCCAAUCCAGUGGCCCCAUGGCUAUCCACCCUUGGCAUCCACUUGCAGCUCAAAACAGUUCUUAGGUUCGUCGGGCCAGCAGAUAACAUCAAGUCUUGCGGAUUCAUCCAAAUGAUGGAGCAACGGUUGGAAAAUGUUUUUGCUGAGGCGCAGGAGAAAGUAGAGGACUCCUACGGGACUCUUUCUGUUGAGAUUCUGAACACGUAUCAAACAGGGAAUUCGCUGGCAGUCACGCUGGUGUAUGUGGUGUGGAACGGCAGCUCUCCAUUGAACGGUACCGUGUCCAGCGGUCUUCUUAACCAGCUCACUGCCGAACUGGUGGGCUACUUUCUCUUCUUCCCCCCUCUAAUCAUCGCUGAACCUCUAGAAUACCACAACCUUAACACUUCAGUAGCAACUCGAGAUUACUGGGUAAUCACAGUAAUUCAAGACGUUGACAGCUCUUCUCUUGAGGGGAGUUAUCAGAGCUUUGCUAGUCUAAUGGAGCAGCGUCUGGCCGAGCUCUUUCUGGUUGCCAGUCGACAUGGCCUCCGCUUCAGGAGAGCCACGACUGUAGGCGACUACACUGUCCAGAUGGUCAGUAUCCGGCGACUGUCUGGUCCUAAGAAUCCAGCUGAGAUGACCUACUACAUACAAGUGAACGGUUCUCCAAUAACAGGCACUACUGCAGCUAAAACCCUCAGCACAGUGGACUCUCAGACCAUGGCUCUCACUCUUGGCUAUUUCAUCCAGAUUCAAGCUGAGGCGGUGGUCAAGAGCAUGCCGAGUAAUGUCUGGAUUCUGGCGGUCCUGAUUCCCGUAUCAUUGGUUAUAGUCGUGGUGGUCAUGGCAGCUGCUAUUAUAUGUCGGAGAAACAGAACCGUUUUCAAGACCAGCGCGUUCCGCAAUUUCCAUCCCCGCACCAAGACCUCAUAUCGAAGAGAUGGCAGUUAUCACCACCAGCCAGUGCAGGGUUUCGACUACGCCAAGCAGCACAUGGGCCAGACAGGUGAAGAGGCUGUCACUGUCACCAAAGACACCCUCGUCCUGUCCCUCCCCGUACGGGACGCCCCGCUUACACAAGACCGGGUGACGGCAUUGCAAGAUGGCACGGCCUCAAAAAGACCCCAGUCGACGGAUAUGCAUCUCAGCAGGUUGCCAAGCGAGGACGGCUCUCUUUCGAGCAGUGGAUCUGGGAAGCUGAACACUGGCAGAAGCUCCACAGCUCGCAGAUCCACAAUACAGAAAACACCCAAAGAAGAGCAGCACGCCAGAAACGACCAUUAUGACUCUCUAACCGGCUCUCUGCGCCUCAUCACCAUCAAACCCAUGGCGGCUCCGCUCAACUAUUCCUAUCCGGACUCAUCCAACCACAGCCAAGACUCUGUCAUCCUCAAUGGAGAGGUCAACAUGGGGCUGAAGCAGAAGUCGGACAUUGAGCAUUAUCGAAAUAAGCUGAGGUUAAAAGCCAAAAGGAAAGGUUACAGUGAUGGGCCGGGCAGUAGCGGGAGCGGCAGUGGACACAUGUACAGCCAUCGGGACAGGCUGAGGCGCGAAAACGCUUCCCUAGACCUGGAGGAUUUGAGGGGGCCCAAAGAGGACAGGAAACCCUCCACUUACGUAAAGUACCGCAGGAGUGAUUCCCACAGGGAGCCAGCAUAUUGGAGCAGGCAGUCUCUGAACACCCCGAGCCCAGUGGAGACGGAGAUGGACAUGCUGGUCAUGAGGGAGAGAUCUAGAAGGGGUAUUCGCAACAGUGGCUAUGAUGGUGAGCCUGAACCCUUUGAAGAGACAGAUGUGGACCGCCUUCUGAGUUCCCUGGGCUUUGGCGGUGGCCACCAGGUCAAAGGCCACUCCGACUCAUCCACCCUGAGCUCGCAGCCCUCCAUCGAUGAAGUGAGGCAGCAGAUGCACCUUCUCUUAGACAACGCCUUUGGUUUAGCCUCUGCCGAACCAACCCCAGCAAACCACCACCACCAUCACCACCACCCUCACAGUGCUUACAACCCCAGUCAUGGCAGCCCUUACCUGGACGGAGUCACCAGCGCACCUGGGACUAUGAACCACCCCAGUGGAGCUCUACAGCGCGGCUCCUCCUUUGGGCCGGACAUGCACCAGUGUAGCCUCCCCAAACCAGGAUUCAGGUUUACCCAGCUGCCUGAUAUGGGUUUGGGCUCCCCACCACCCCUCAUUCCUCCAAGAGGUGGAGUCCCACCUGGAACUUCACUUAGAUGCUCCACACCAGACAUGAGUCUGAAGCCGCGGGUCUCCGAGGCCUCUGAAAUGAGUCAGCACAACGGCACCCCUUACCUGCCCAUCAACAGAGCUCCGUUCCCUGCUGUCACUGUCGACGAGUCCAUGACCAGCUACUCAGGAAACCCAAUGACAGCAGUAUAUGCCAUAUCUGCCAACCGGCCAGGGUACUCGGACUACUUCGUCCUGUCUCCACCGUCCUCGUACCGCAGCCCGUCCUGGAUGUCCUACCCUCCAGAACCAGAGGACCUUCCGCACCAGUGGAACGACACAGUAAAGAACCAGUGUCACCUGGAGACCAUCUGCUGAACUGGAGUCAUUUCUGAUGUUGAGCAGACACAGACAUUUAACAGGGGUCGCGCACCACCAAAAAGAAUCCCGAAUUCAGCGACCCUCAACCGACCACAACACUUGGCCAAAAACAGCCAACCAGACCCCAAAGCCACAAGGUCACCUGCCAGCCUAAGCGAGAUGCAGCACCCGAUGAACCAACGUCAACAGUGAGGGUAAAACCCACCACAACAACAACUGCUCACUGGCCAAAACUGUGUUUUUCUUAAAGCUUUUUCAAAUUAAGAAGUGUUAUAUCUUAUGCAGGUGGUUUUAUGUGCAUUUUAAACACCCGAUUACUAAUAACAAACAACUAAAACGCGUUUUUUUUUCAUCGCUUCAUCAAUGCCUAUCUGUGUCUUUUGCUCUCAUUCAUGCAUUUUUAAAAAAAAUAAAUGCAGAUUAUUUUUUGUGCACUCUGUAUGGCUUAUGUACGUAAAAAACAAACAAACAAACAAAAACGAUGAUGACGAUGGAUGAUGUUAAACGAAUCGAACAUUUGGAAGGAUGUGACAUCCUGUACUGUAUUUACUGUAGUCACAAUGCAAAAAAAAAAUAGUAUAUGCUUUUUCUUUCUCUCAAAAAAUGCCAUAGUUUAUGCUGUAUUGAAGUGUUUCACGAUGCACAACCGUUCAUGAAAGGCAUGAAUUGUGUUUUACGUGUGAUUUGGGAGGAUAGCCAUAAAGUGGACAAAUGAUGAAUGGAUGGAGGGAUUCAUAUUUUUACUAGCCUUUUUGUAAGAGUAAGGAGAACGACAUAUUAUAUUGCCUUAUAAAAAGGUACCAAAAUAUAUAUCUAUAUCUAUAUAUAUGAGAUCAAGUAUGCAGCAUACGCCAAAAUUGACUUGAAAUCUGAUUAAACGAAAAGUGUAGCAUAGUAUUAUAAUAUAACAGAAAUGUGCUAUAACUAAGCAAGUAUGGUGUUACAGAAGUAACAUUAGGCAUGUGUUCUUAUAAGAAUGAGUCUUAUGCAUGUAGUUUGGACAUAUGAAUCAUAAGGGCUUUGUAUGUCAAGAAAGUCCCAUAUUUUAUUGGGCAGUUACAGAACGGAUGUCUACUGUAAAAAGAGUCAUACAUGGCAAAUAUCCCAUUAAAUAGAUGCUACAUGUUACUGUACUUUAAAAAAAAACUUUUUUAAUUUAUUUCUUUUUGGGUUUAAAAGUCUGUUUUGUUGCAAUGAAUCAAGCUAGAUAAUCGGAUUAUGAAAAUAACAUAAUGUGUUGUGUAAAUUAUUACAAAUGCCACUGUUGUUUGAUUUGUGUUGAAAUGAACAUCGUCCUUUCUGUUUAAGUUCGGUGGUGCGGGGGAUGUGCAAAUAUCUAUCAUGUAAUUAAGUUUUUCUUUUCAAAACUUUUUAUAUCAAUCAAAUCACCCUCUUUUUUUGGCCAACAACGAAGGACAUUCUGCUAAAAAAAAUGUUACCAAUGUAAAAUAUUGUGCUUCAGAUGUUAAAAAAAGAGAAAAAAAGACAAAAAAAAAAGCCUCGUUGUGAACCUAUGUGGAAAAGUUGUGUAAUAUUCAUUAUGUGUACAUCUUCAUCAUAACAAAUAAGAUGUUGACUUCUUUUCCUACUUAUACAACACUAAACAACCAUAUUUGCCAGAUGUACUGUAUAUUUCCCUUCGUUAAUGUAAAAAAAAAAAAAAAAUCACUUUAAACGUUUUUGUUAUUUUUCUUUUCUUCCUGAUAAUUUUAUUGAGCAUAAUGUAAAAUAACCAUCAUUUCAAUGGUUUAACACUUUGGAGGACUCAUGUUUUUGUGGGUUACACACUGAAUCAACUCUAAUAAAAA